AUGGAUCUUCAGGAUUUUCUUAUUCGCGCUCGAGUCUUGAAGCUCUACAGACAAGGUUUGAGAGUUGCCGGUCGAGCACCUCCUCCUGCUAGAGGUGAACUGAGACAAAUGAUCAGACAAGAGAUGGAAAAUAAUCGAAAGUGCAAUGACAAGCAAAGGAUCCGUUACUUGAUUAGUGAAGGCUUGGAAAAAUUGAAACGCCUCGAUGAAAUGCUUGAUAUGCAAGGUCACUAG